AUGGGUAAAUUAAAGUUAGAAAUUUUUUUUAGUAUUAUUUUAAUGUCAGUUUCUUUUUUUUUGAUUAUUGUAUUUAUGUAUUUAGUUUUAAAUAAUUGUAGUUAUGUUAUUUCGUGAGAAAUUUUUAAUGUUAUAAGGUUAUUUAUUGAGUUGGAUAUUUUGUUUGAUUGAGUAAGUUGUAGAUUUAGAAGAUUAGUUUGUUUAAUUUCUGGGUCAGUAUGUAUUUUUAGUGUUAGAUAUAUAAAAGGAGAUAUUAAUAUUAAUCGAUUUAUAAUAGUAUUAAUGUUAUUUGUUUUAUCUAUAAAUUUUUUGAUUUUUAUUCCUAGAUUUGUUAGAUUAAUUUUAGGGUGAGAUGGGUUAGGUUUAGUAUCAUUUUGUUUGGUAAUUUAUUAUCAAAAUAGUAAAUCAUUAAGUGCAGGUAUAUUAACAGUGCUAAUAAAUCGGGUUGGAGAUUGUUUUAUUUUAGCUGGAAUUAGAAUUAUAUCUUUAUUGGGGCAUUGAAAUUAUUUAUGUAUUUGACAAUUUUGGUUGUUUGAUGUUUGUAUAAUUUUUGUAGUUAUUGCGGGAAUAACUAAGAGAGCUCAGAUUCCAUUUAGAAGAUGAUUGCCUGCUGCAAUGGCUGCACCUACUCCUGUUUCAGCUUUAGUUCAUUCAUCAACUUUGGUUACAGCUGGAGUAUAUUUAUUAAUUCGAUUUUAUAAUUAUUUAAUUGAGGUGAGUUUUUUUUGUUAUUUUAUAGUAUUUAUUUCAGUUAUAACUACUUUUAUAUCAGGGGUUUGUGCUAUUUAUGAAUAUGAUAUAAAAAAGAUUAUUGCUUUGUCUACUUUAAGACAAUUAGGGGUUAUAAUAAUAUCUUUAGGUAUAAAAAUACCUAUAUUGGCUUUAUUUCAUUUAUAUACACAUGCUAUAUUUAAAGCUUUAUUAUUUUUGUGUGGUGGUAAUAUUAUUCAUUGUUAUAGGGGAAUACAGGAUAUUCGUGAUAUUAAGGGAGUAAAAUAUAGGUUACCUUUCACUAGAAUUGUCCUUAAUAUUUCAAAUAUAGCAUUGUGUGGAUUUCCUUUUUUGGCUGGAUUUUAUUCAAAAGAUCUAAUUAUUGAGGUUUUAUUGAGUAGGGAUAUAAAUAUGCUAGUUGGUUUAUUAGGAAUAUUUGGGGUUUGUUUAACUAUAUUAUAUUCUAUACGUAUAUCUAUUUAUGUAGUGUGAGGAGAUGUAAAAAGGUUAAUUUAUGAAAAUAAUAAAGAUAAUGAUUUGUAUAUAAUUAUAUCAAUAAUGAUUUUAUGUAUUGGUGCAUUGUUUGGGGGAUUUAUAUUACAAAAUGUUGUUUUUUGUUUUAAUGAAGUAAUUAUUUUACCUUUAUUAUAUAAAAUAUUAGUUAUAUUAUUAUUGUUAACUAGUAUAUUAUUAUCUUUUAGAGUGUGAAAUGGAAGUGUAUCCAAAAUUAAAUAUGGAUUAAUAUAUUGAUGUAAUAGUAAGAUGUGAUUUAUAUCUUCUUUGAGAGGAUAUCCUUUUUUACUAAUAGUAAAAAAUAUUAGAAAUAUAAAUUUAAAAUUGGUUGAUAUAGGAUGAUUAGAGUUAAUAGGGGGUCAAGGUAUACUUAUUUUAAUUAAAAAAAUUAUAUAUAUAAUGGAGUGAUGAAUGAUUGUUUUAUUCAAUAUUAAUAUUAUUAUUAUUAUUUGUAUUAUUUUUGUUAUAU